CAUGAAUCAGCUAGAUCUGUCUGGCCAAAGUAUUCGCUGACGAUCGCAAUGAACCAUGAAAGUUCGCGGAUCUCAUCCUUCCGUUCAACAUCAACAGAACUCCGAAGGCUCCUGCACAAAUUCGCCAAUCCUCGGAUGGCAGCACAGACGUCCGGUAACAAGGGUUUUUGAACGAUGAGCAAGAGAGCAAAGAGCCAUUCACGUAGCGAUCGUGUAAAUUCCCCGCAUUCGGCCCAUUCGACAACAUAAGGCAGAAUUGCAUUCACCGUCGAUGAUGAAAUGCUCAGAACAACAGGGACAGCUGGUGGAGUUCCUUGA